CCCUUGGUAUAGAAUCCCUUUUUGACUUCAAAAUGUAGACGAUCUCGUUUCUCUGAAUUUGCAGAUUUUCCUUGAUCCUCUUUUCCUUUUGAACCUUAUAUUAUAAGAGGGUUCUUUGUUACAACCAAUUUUGCUAUAGAGAAAUUCCUGCUCAUAAAUCACUGCCCUUCGUCUUCCUUCUUUCUGGGUUGUGUUCUUGCUCAAGUACUCUUGUUUUAAGAAUUAAGGCACAAUGCGUACACCGUCAUUGCUUGCACAGUGCUUACCUGGCUUGGUGCCUCAAGACCGAGCAAGUCUCGGCAUCACCAAUGUUUCAGAUAGAGAUGUGCGUCUCCCUUCACCUGCAGUCGAGAUCCUCCCUUCAAAGAUGGCGCACCCUUAUAAGUAUGCUGGGGAGAAUGUGGAACUACAAGGGCUUAAUGUGUUCAAGGGAAGAGUUAGUGUUGUUGAUAUCAUUGGAUUUACUGGUUCUGAAAGUUUAUCCUCAAAACCUGAUGGGUCUGUUAAAUCUUGGGACAGCUCUGUUGAUCUUGUAAAUGUCCUUAAGCUUGAGAUUUGUGAUGGACAGCUGAGCUUUAGAGGCAAGAGGGUACUUGAGCUUGGUUGUAGCUAUGGACUUCCAGGGAUUUUCGCUUGCCUCAAGGGAGCUAGUGCAGUACACUUUCAAGACCUGAAUGCAGAAACCUUAAGGUGUAUAACUAUACCAAAUGUCCUUGCUAAUCUUGAGCAAGCACGGGACAGGCAGAGCCGCCAGCCAGAGGGCCCUCUUACUCCAUCAAGAUAUCCUCUUACGCCAUCAGUGCAUUUCUAUGCUGGGGACUGGGAAGAACUUCCAACAGUCUUAUCUGUUGUGAGGAAUGAUGCCUUUGAAGUGACAGCAGGGAUGAGCCUGAGCUUCUCUGAGGAGGAUUUCUUGGAUGGAUGUAGUAGCCAAGAUGGCAGCAUUGUAGGUCAGGAAAAUUCUUCUAGGCGAUCAAGAAAGCUUUCAGGAAGCCGUGCAUGGGAGAGGGCUAGCGAGAUAGAUCGUGGUGAAGGCGGAUAUGAUGUUAUUCUGAUGACAGAUAUCCCAUACUCAGUGACCUCUUUGAAGAAGCUAUAUGCUCUCAUUAAAAAGUGCUUGAGGCCACCAUAUGGAGUAUUAUACAUGGCAACAAAGAGAAACUAUGUUGGUUUGAAUAAUGGAGCAAGGCAGCUGAAGAGUCUGGUAGAUGAAGAAGGCAUUUUAGGAGCCCAUUUGUUGAAGGAGAUUACUGAGAGAGAUGUUUGGAAGUUCUUUCUCAAGUGAACAUCAUUCUUCAGAAAUGCCCUCAUUGUUCUCAAAUUUUCAGGUUAUACUUUUGCCCUAAAUACUAUUUUUUCUGUAUAUUAUAUAUCACAAAUUUCCUUUAAUUUUUUUUUUUCAUAAUAAUGAAAUUAGAAUUUAAAUGUUCAGCCAGUAGGUAUCUAAUUUUGUUGUCUUUGCAAUGUUACAUGUAAAUCAAAACUCAGCAAAUCGAAGGUUCAAAUUACGUUUGUCUAUUUAUUUAUUUAUUCUAUUAUUUUC